CUGACUGUGGUGUUUCAUUCUCUCAGGUCAAUUGCUGCUAUUGUCUGUUGUGCUCUGGUGCUUUCAUUUAAGAGGAUUCUACCAUUGCUCUGAUCCAGGUCAUCUUAGCUAUUCUGGAAGGCAACUGGAACCUUAUUCCUCCCUCAUUUGGCUUGUUGUGAAGUCAAGUAUGUCUGGUGACCGGACUUUCGUUGAUGGGGACGUUUCUUCUGGGUCUGGCGAGGAAGCAAACAUGUUAGAUGGCCAUAAUAAACACCAUACUGUUCCCCAUUCAGGGAGGCACAAGAGAAGCCGUAAGGCAACAGGGGAUGCUAUUGUGGAUGCUAUGCUGGAGAUCGCUGCAGCCUCAAAGAUGAGAGCUGCUGCAAUCAUGAGAACUGAGGAACGAUUCACCAUAAGCAAGUGUAUAAGAAUAUUGGACGAGAUGCAAGGUGUUGAUCAAAAUGUAUACUUUUUUGCUUUGGAUUUAUUCGAAAAUCCUUCAGCAAGAGAAACUUUCAUAUCGCUUAAAAGCGAGAGGCGGUUAGCAUGGAUGCAGGGGAAAUUUAGAGCAUCUACAAGUUCAUCAGCCUGACUAUGAUGUGAACUAGUGUCAGCUGAUUUAGUACUGCAUUAUAGAUGGUCAUGUUUAGAUAUCUACUCUUACAGUAGCCUAGUUGGUUUAAUGUGGAUCUGCUGUACAUUUACAAGGUUAGCAUUUCUGAACAUGAUUUAGUUUUAUGAUUCA